CGCAGCCAACGAUUUCGGCGUCAAAUUCGAAUCGCCCAAAUUUCAAAUCGCGCCUUUCGAACUUCGAUUAUGUUAAAAUGGGAUGCAGGAGUUCCAAAAAGAAGCAAAUAGUGAUCUAUCUCAGCAGAUUGAAAUUGCUGGAAUACAGGGAAAUGUUCGACAUGUUCGACGAGGACGGAGACGGAAAAAUCACCUUAGAGGAAAUAAUGAAAGUCCUGCAAAGUUUAAACGUGCACGUCAGCGAAGCCGAGGCUCAGAUGAUGAUGAGCGACGUCGAUCUGGACGUCAGCGGUACCAUCGAUUUCGGGGAAUUCCUGCUGAUGAUCUACACGCAUUUGCAGCAGAAGAGGCGAAAACAGGACAUUAUCGAGAUGUUUAACUACCUAGAUGUUCGACAUACAGGCGAAAUUAACUUCGAAGACUUGAAAAUCGCGAUGCUCAGCAUCGGCGAGGACUUCACCGACGAGGAAAUCGCCGAAAUGAUGGAGGAAGCCGAUCAAAACGGCGACGGAGUGAUCGAUUUUCAAGAGUUCAGCGAUCUUUGUAAGCGGUUGUAUUUAUAAAACGCUAACAUUUACUUAUAAAAUAUAUU